GGAAGAGAAAGAUAAAUUUGAGUAGAUAAAUUAGAACUAAUAUGUCUUGGGGGAAUAUAACUGGUUAGACAUCAGGAAACAGGCAGAACAUAGGAAGACAUUAUUGUGACAGGUAACAGACCUGUGCAGUGACUAAUGUCAUAGUAUUUGAAUAUGAAGAUUUGCCUUAACUUUCAAGGCCCUACAGAAUUUUAGUCUGUCUUAGUUAUCUACAUAUUUCCAAUUAGUUCACAUGCCAUUAUGACUUAGCACUUUUUUCCCCAUGGCACUUUCUCCAUCUAGAACAACUUCCAUGUAAUCUGUGAAGUAAUUAGCACUUCUUUCUUCAGAUCUUUCCACAAGACAAUUCUGACAUGAUACACAAAUUAGACAAUAUUCAAUAUACAGACUGAAGGGCAGAGGAGAAAAUUGGUAUUAUAAUUAGAAGUCGAACCCAUUCCCUAUAUGUUUUCUGUUGCUCUAGGGCUUUUCUAAUACGUAAGCCAAGGAAUUACUUUUCAACAUAUUAAGAUUUUAAAAUUCUAGUCUAUUUAAAGGAAUGGUAGAUAGAAAUAAGUUUGCAUUCAGUUUAAGUGACCAUACAACUCUGUAUUUACACUAUGCAUCACAGUUCAUCCAAAAUUAUAUUUUAAUGCUUCUACAUUGAUGUCUUUCAACUUGUUGUAUUCUUUUAUAGUUCUAAAAAGCAGCUUGGUUCACAGAACGGUCACUUUACCUGUGUCUGAAAACAGAAUGAAGUAACAUCAUUCCUUGAAUGUACACACACUCACACACACACAUAUAUAUAACACAUAAAAUAUGUCAUGCAAUUAUAAAGAUACUGUAUUAUACAGAAAUGCCCUGAAUUCAUACUUCUGUGUUACAAAAUACAGGCUGGGCUAAAAAUCCAGUUCUGCACAACAUCAAAUAAAGCAGUUCAUCUUCCAAACUACAUAUUGAUAACAAUAAAAAUGAAAAAUUUCUGUGGAGAUACACAUUGAAAAUUUGUACAAUUUGUACAAGUAAUGGUAGUUAAUGACUACAAAAAUUUUAAGUGCCAGACUUUUAAAAAUACUCAGGUUCUCAUCAAAAAAGUUUGCUGACACGAUGGACAAUCAUCCAUCUUUUACAAGGUCUGAAAGUCAAUACUGACAUUCAUAGAACAGAUUCCAUGUGACAUUAAAUUGAAGGCGUGCUAGUUCUGACUGAAAUAAAAGAUAAGCUCAGACCAAAGAACAGGUUCUGUUCUAAGCACACCCUCAGUGUACCAAUCGUUUGAGAACCCCCAAAAAAACUUCAAAAAAAGACAGGGUUUCUUCUACUGCUCUGACCAAGCCUGCUCUAAGUUUGUUGGGGUUUUUAAAAUCAAUUAAGUCAUGGUAACCUCUGAUGUGGACAUACUCUCUGGCACAAUGGUGCCUUCCAUCCAUAUUGUACUUUCAGUGGGAACAGCUUGGCUGUCAAGCACAUCUUCUAUCCAGUACAACUGCUUCAAGCAGCAGAGGCACUGUAUUUGCUUUCAACAGAAAUUAUGAAAUUCAAACAACUUAAGUUUUUCACGUAGAUGGAACUUACGAAACUGAAUGAAAAUACUGGCUAGAGAAAGGAAAGAAAAUACUGAUUAACCAUGCUGAUACAAAAAACAUGGCAAGGUUCCGGUAUUCAUAUUGCUGAUCUCAACUGGAUGUUCCAGCUAGUGUUUUUUCUCUACUUUUCCGCCUUUUCUGAAAGCUAGAGUCAAGAAUAUAAGACAGAAAAAAUACUUACAUUACUAAAAUGUAAAGACGUUGGGAAUUAUUUUAAAAUGAGGUGACAAAGAAAACCUGACAUAUGUAAUCUGCAGUGAAAUGUGCAUAAAUAUAUUUUCCAAAACAGUUUCUGAAUUUCUCAUGUGUUGAUAGCUUCUACCCUUGCCACAGUUUACUGCUACUUGUCACAAAGACCACAGGAACGCAGUGAAAACUUGUGUCACACUGAGUGACAGGAAAGUUUAUCUUUCUGAACAGGGCAAAUACAUACUUCACACAACCAACCAGCUCCUUGCACAGAAAUAGUACGGGCUUACUUACACCCCUCUCCCCAAGCUUAUCUACAUUUUUGUCAAGAAAUAGAACAAGGUAUUUCCCCCACAAAAUUAGGGAUAAGAAAACCACCAGAGACCAUUUGGGAUCUCACAGUCCCCUCAGUUUUGCAGAACUGCUUCUACAUGAGAUAUGAGGGCUCUUUGUGAGUAGGAGCUGCACCUUUAACAAAAAUUUCUGAAGGAAAAGCAGCACACAAUCCAGAUGCAGUGUACAGUUUAAGAGAAAAACAGCUCAGUUUGCAAUGUCAAGGCCAGUAGGCAAUAAUUUCUGCUUCUGAAACAAAACACAGCACUUCUCAGCAUUUGUUCCAUUAUAGAUGCUGUUUUCUUUGGACCCCAGGAAAGCUGCCUGGUUACUAUAGCAACAGAUACAGGGGAAAGCUUUUCACUUGUAAUUGGCCACUCCUUUAAAAUUAUACAUGCUAUUUUUCCCCUAACCUUUUUAACAUGCAAAAAAUAGAGAGUAGAAUUAUGAAAGCCAAUACAGAGUACACAACAGUACUUAAAAUACACAACUUAAUUUGCAGAUAAUUUUAUUAGUAACACUUCCCCCCCCAUCAAGUAUGUUAGAAAUAUUUACAAAAUAAUACUCAAUUCUUACAAAAUAAUGAGUAUGAAAAUUAUUCAACUGAUAUAUCCUGAACUGUCAGUAGUGCAGCACUUACUCACCCCUGGCUGUUUUAGUGUAUCAGUACAAUGAAGGUUUAUGUUCUAGUAGGGGAGGAGGAACACAUGACAGCGUACAAUUUAAUUCCGAGAAGUCUGCUGCCUUGCUGAUGAAAUCAAUGCUCUGCAUCAGAAUAAGCUUAAAUAAGACAAUUUUUACUAAUUGUUGACAAUACAGGUCUUAUGAUGGGCUACAUACGUAUCUUGAAACAGGGCUGUAUUUAAAAGCAAACCCACAUAGUCUUUUUCAAGCUGUAAUAUAGGGAACUGAACCCUAAGCAGAACGUAUUACAACUUCAUUAAAACAGACUGCUUGAGAUCCUACUAAGACAGUUCUAAGCCAGCACUUUCACCAGCCAAGCGUUCAGUAGCAGCACUGUAGCUGUCUACGACAGAAAAAUGCUAGGUCUAACACCAGAUACAUGUAUCUCGUAGUGACCUUGUUCUGAUGUGAGGGUUUCAUUUUCAUUCACUUCCAGCAGAAAAUAACCAAAUAACCACUGCACUAACAGCAACAAUCUAAUUCCUAUAACUUAGCUCCAUUCACACUAGGCUCACAAACAGGAUCGCAGGAAACCAAAAGUCAGGUACAGAACCUAUGGGUGUACCGCUGCUGCAAUCAGCAAAGACUUUCUCCUAACUUGUUGAUUUCACACAUCAACGUCUGGUGGACACUUCUCCCAUAUGCUAUAGUUACCAUAUAAGCCUUAUUAGUAGCUUUAUUCCUUCAUUCUUUUAUACAGACUCAUACAAAGGCAACAAGUUAUAGGAUGACCUACAGAAGGCUAAGGCUACCAAGAAGAGAUAAGCAAAACCUGUAGUUGAACAGAAAUGUCCUGCUGUUCCAAUUACAAAUUAAAAUGAAUUGCAUAGUUCUUUCCUAGGAAAUUUAAACUCUUAAUAAGAUUAUCUGUGAUGAAAAAACCCCAACAACCCACAAACAACAAAACUCUCUGGCUCUUAGUUAAACCUAAAUGAAUUCUGCCCCCCCCCCCCCCCCCCAAUCCAUAAGUCUAGAGUUUCUGGAUUCUCAGACUUGUACUCCUUUUAAUCGCUAUUCACAGUUUUCAUCACAGAACCUGGAUAUCAUUAUGUAUUUAGGACGAAGGGCCUCCAUGUAUUUUUCUCCAUAAUCUCUUUGCUUUCCCUUACUCAGUGUUUGUCAGACAAAACUCAUUAAACAAAGUACUCCUUUAUUCUCGGGUAGAUGGAACUCAGAGAGGGAACAAACAGCAGUAAUGCACUUGCUGUAAAGAAGAGGAAAAAAAAACAACAUUCCAAGAAAUUUUGUUAAUACAUGCCAAUGCAGUUUUAUGAGAGAAGGGAUAGCUCCGUUCAAGAGAAACUGCAUUCUUCCAGGACAUCUACAGUGAAGAAAACAUCUCAGACCUCACAUCCAGCAAGGGCUACAGCCUUGGCUGCGAAGCUACCAACCAGUAACACUCAUUUACGAGAGAGAAACGGGCAGACAAAAGGUGACAGCAGAUAAGCAUCAUGGCAUCAGCAAGUCUGCAGUUCUUCGCUUUUAUUCUGGCUUUGUUUGGCGUUUUAGGAGAUAUCACAGCCACCUUGCUACCAAACUGGAAGGUAAAUGCAGAUGUUGGUUCAAAUAUCAUAACAGCUAUAACACAGAUGCAAGGACUUUGGAUGGACUGCACGUGGUACAGCACUGGGAUGUUUAGCUGCACCCUGAAAUACUCCGUUCUCUCUCUCCCCAUCUACAUCCAGGCUGCACGGACCACCAUGGUACUGUCUUGUAUCCUAUCAGCCUUUGGGAUCUGCAUCACCACAGUUGGAAUGAAAUGCACAAAGUUGGGAGGGGACACUGACAGCAAAAGCCAUGCUUGUUUUGCUGGAGGAGUCUGCUUCAUUCUUGCAGGAAUCUUUGGAUUAGUACCAACAUCCUGGUACACAAGAGAAAUUAUUUCAAAUUUUCUGGACCAGACCAUUCCAGAGAGCAGUAAACAUGAACCAGGAGGAGCGGUUUAUACAGGAUUUAUUUCAGCAGGGUUUCUGCUUAUCGCAGGUGUGAUCUUCUGCACUUCCUGUUUUAAAAAGCAGCAAGGAGCAUGGAUUUACGCUCCAGAGAGGCACCAUUUCCCAUCCGCAGAGCAGGAGAGCAACGCGGGUUACAACCUGAAGGACUAUGUGUAA